UGACGUCACUCAGGCGCGCCGGCCGCGAGAGAGGACCCCCGGCGCGACCGCGUCCCCUCGGGUCCUUGAGCCGGUGGCGACGACGGAGCGAUGGCCUUGAGGCUGCUGAGAGUGGCGCCCGCGUCCGCGCGGGGCCUCGCGGCGGGGGCCCAGCGCUGGGCAGGAAUCCACACGGGUGUGCCGCGCCCGCGGCGGUACGGACCCCUGGCCUUCGUGCUCGGCGACAAAACAACCAAAAAGCUGACGGACUCCAGCAAAGUGAUAACAGUCGACGGCAACAUAUGCUCCGGGAAGAGCAAGGUCGCGAAGGGGAUCGCAGACAAGCUAGGCAUGAGGCACUUCCCGGAGGCAGGGGUGCACUACGUGGACAGCACGACGGGGGACGGCCGGUCCCUGGACAUGGAGCUCAGUGGCAACUGCAGCUUGGAGAAGUUUUACGACAACCCCAAGAGUAACGACGGCAACAGCUACCGCCUGCAGUCCUGGCUGUACGCCAACCGCCUCCUGCAGUACGCCGACGCCCUGGAGCACCUGCUGAGCACAGGGCAAGGGGUCGUGCUGGAGCGCUCCGUCUACAGCGACUUCGUGUUCCUGGACGCCAUGUACAAGCAGGGCUUCAUCCGGAAGCAGUGUGUGGAGCACUACAACGAGGUGAAGAAGGUGACCAUCUGCCAGCUCCUGCCGCCCCACGUGACGGUCUACCUCGACGUGCCCGUGCCGGAGAUCCAGAGUCGCAUCCAGAAGAAAGGGGACCCGCACGAGAUGAAGAUCACCCCCGCCUACCUGCAGGCCAUCGAGGACGCCUACAAGAAGGCCUUCCUUCCCGAGAUGAGUGGGAAGUCUGAGGUUUUGCAGUACAGUGGGAGGGAAGCCCAGGACGCAGAGAAGGUGGUGGAGGACAUCCAGUACCUCCGGUGGGACAAGGGGCCGUGGCUCAGCCAGGACGACCGCACCUUCUACCACCUGCGGAUGCUGGUUCAGGACAAGCUGCAGGUGCUGAAUUUCACCACCAUUCCCGUCUACCUCCCGGAGAUCACCGUCGGGGCGCACCAGAGCGACCGGAUCUUCCGCAGGUUCUUGGAGCUGCCGGGCCGCCGGUACAGCCCUGGGUACAACGCAGACGUGGGCGACAAGUGGAUCUGGCUGAAGUGACGGCGCCCCGGGGCGCUGCAGCGUGGAGAGGAGGACGCUCGGGCUGUGGGCUCUUGGGGCUCCUCGCACUUUGAAGCUGGGGAGGGGGA